AUGAACAAACUACCUUUGGAUAUAUUACAAGGUGAAUGGCCAUGUCAACACGAGAUUAAUCUGCUGACGCGUACGCAGACGGCGCACCAACAGCUCACGUCGCGCCUGCAAUCCAUGACGCGAGAGCUGCGUGGAGAACGCUAUUACCCCUUGCAGACAGAGACCAAGCAGCUGCGUGUACGAGUGUAUCACACGUACGUCCUCCCAGUCGAAGCAUCUGAGAACACACAGGGAAGACCAGGCAAGUGGACACUUAAGAUUGAAGGCAUUGACGCAAUGGCAGGAGAGCCUACUGUUGUAAAAUUCUCAAGCUACUUUCGAAAAGCGUCGAUUGAACUGGAUCCACAUUUGUACUCGGACCACGUGAUUGAGUGGACGAGUUUUCAGAAAACUAGCCAUGACGUGGACGGACUAGAAGUUACGAGAAUUGGAAGCACGGCGCACACAGUGAAGAUUAAGCUGCUACCGGCGCAAACACCGGAGCGAUUUAGUGUAUCGCCUGAAUUGAAAGCGGGAAUUGGUCAAUACAUUGGUCCUGCCAAGGCGUAUACAAAACGAGAUAUAUUGCUGGCGAUGUGGGAAUACAUCAAAUUACGCAACCUCAUUAAAGAGGACGAUUGCCGGGUGGUUAUUUGUGAUAAGUGGAUGACACAAGUGUUCAACUGCGUGUCACUGCCAUUUACGUCCAUUACAGUAGCGCUUAAGCAGCAUUUGACACCUGUUAACGCAAUUAACCUCGAGUACACACUGAACCUUUCAGCGGCAUGUGAAUCAAAGCUGUUGGAAGAGCAGUUUUUUGACGUUUCUGUUGCAGCAACGUCCGAAUUGGAUAAAAAUCGUGCUCGUGCUCUCAAACAAUGUGAGGAAUUGCAACAAGAUCAAAGAAAGGAGCUGGCACUGCUGAAGGAACAAGAGUUGGAUAUUCUAGAGCGUUUGCACAUGCAUACGCGGGAGAAGGAAUGGAUGGUUCAGUUUGCUCAAGAUCCAUGCGUGUUUAUGGUAGAUGUGAAAAAGUCUCAGCUGGCCGAUGAGGAGAUUUUGGUUGCCGACACUCAAAUGGAUGAAUUUAGUAUUCCUCGUCCUCAGCAGUUUGCACAGCCGUGGGUUCGCGAGGUGGUUCGAGAUUUGCUCACGUCACGCCCCGCUAACUAG